CGCAAGCCUCGAAGACCAAGUUAUAAGCCCAAGGAUUCCCUCCCAACACACCCGUCCCAUAAUAUCCAAUCUUGUAUUCCGUUACCCCAGCCUUGCAGCCAACCAAACUAAAUACAACCAUCACCCGAAAAAUAAACAGUCAAACCCACCAGAACCACCACCACCCAUCAUGUCCGCCGCAUUCCGCCUCCCCCCCGCCCACCGCCUGCAACGCCUCCUACCCACCCGCACCCCCCUAUCAUCAUCAUCAUCACCAUCACCCCGGGCAUCCCGCCACCUCGCACUCCCGCGCCAAACAACCACCUCCUUCUCAACCUCCCGCGCCGUGCGCAACACCAACACCAACACCAGUGGCAGCAGCGGGAACCCCCGUAACAAUGCCAAUGGCAGUGUAAACGCCAGCGGCAACCCAGCCUACCCCAAAUUCGACCUGCGCUCCAUCGUGCCCAACCCGCGCGCCCGCAAGGCUUUGAUUGCCGUGUUUUGUGUUAUGGUGGUGGCGGAGUCGUAUAUGUGGAUUACGUACUGGCCAAGGAUUAUGGGGUGGUGGGGAGGGGAGGGGAAGGGGGAGGGGAGUCAGUGA